AUGUCUGUUGCUGCUCCUAUAUCCUCUGAAAUGGAAGAGAAUCUUGGUGAAACUGUUGGUUAUCAGAUCCGCCCGGAAUCAAAACAUUCUGCUCGAAAAAACGUGAAUUUUGCACCACUGGAAAAAAUUGUGCUGGCUACAAACAUAGCAGAGAGUAGCAUCACCAUAGAUGAUGUUGUGUAUGUCAUAUGCUGUGGAAGGCCAAAGGAAACCAGUUAUGAUGCUUUAAACAAGUUGGCUUGUCUAUUACCAUCAUGGAUUUCAAAGGCUUCAGAACAUCAUAGGCGAGGGCGUGCUGGCCUUGUGCAGCCUGGAGUUUGUUACAGACUAUAUCCAAAAAUGAUCCAUGUUGCAAUGCUCCAAUAUCAGUUACCUGAAAUUCUCCGAACACCUUUGCAAGAGCUAUGCCUCCACAUCAAAAGUUUGCAGCUUGGAGCUGUUGGGUCUUUUUUGGCUAAGGCACUUCAGCCACCAGAUCCUCUUGCUGUUCAAAAUGCAAUCGAACUUCUCAAAACCAUUGGAGCUUUAGAUGACAUAGAGGAGCUUACUCCGCUUGGCAUGUCACCAUCUUUGGAUCCAAACAUUGGGAAGAUGCUUCUAAUGGGUUCUAUCUUUCAAUGCCUGAAUCCUGCCUUAACAAUUGCAGCUGCCCUUGCUCAUCGUGACCCUUUUUUCCUACCAAUAAAUAGGAAAGAGGAUGCUGAUGCUGCAAAAUGA